AGAAAAUAGUAUAAAAAGUCAAGCUUUUUUUAUGGUGAAGAAAAGAAGUCUUUUUAAUCUUUAAUGAUCACAUUUGAGCUGUUUUUCUAUAUUUCUUUGCUUUAAAUGUUGAUGGAGGUAGAUAAGGAAGAGUCCAGAGAAGAAGAAGUUGGAAAAAGCAUAAUCAAGGUCUAAAGUAACUAUAUUGGGGUACUAAUUUCCACAAAUGGAAGUUUGGAUCCACUUGUAGUUGACCAGAUCUGACUAACCCAUUUCCCUUUCACUACCUUUUUUAGCUCACCCAUAAGCUGCAUCCCCUGAACUUGCAUCCUUUUUCGGGACACCUUUGAGUUAAUUAAGGCAUGGGAAAUGGUCUGUUAAAACCCACCAUUCACAUUCCAUUGUCAUUCUUUAUUUCAGAAGAAGGUGAUAGUUUCGUUGAACAAUGACAGGUUGUGUGAUUUUUGAGGGGUUGGAGGGUAACUUUUUGUACUGCCCAGAUAGGGAUUUUGAUGGAGGAGAUGUCUCCGACGGUCGCGGUGCCAUUUAGAUUAGGUAAUUCAGUCUGUGAAAACGCUACCUUUGCUACCCGUAUGGACAUCACAAGACUUAAGCUUAUGGCAAAUCCUGCUGGUAUAUUAACUGAUUCUGCGACCGAGGCUACUAACCAGCCAGUAACUGGUGAAGAUGUGGAUUGUAACUGUGCUGCUAUGGGGACGGAAGAAAGUAGUAUAGAGGUGACACUGCCGGAAGAGGUCAAGGGAGAAGAAGCUACCUCUUUGGAUAUGUUAUCUGAUAGUAAAGUUAGUUGGAUUGCUAGUAAUGAUGUUAUAGCCCAAGAAAGUGAGGAGGAGGAGGAUUCUUUCUCCUUGGAAGGUGAUCAUGUUCUUGAUCUUGAUAGCUCUUGUUCACUAUCAGUGGCAAGUGAGACUAGUAGCCUUUAUGGAGAGGAUUUUUUGGGUUUCGAUGUUACUUCUGAGGUAGGAACACCAAGUUCUGUGGACAUUGAGAAAAGUAUUUGCAGUGUAGAUUUUAUUGCAAAGGCCACCAAGUUUGUGGAGUCAAACGUUGAAACAGAGGUUGCAAGUGAACCCCUCGCUGUUGCAGUAAGCCUUGAGGAAGAGAUUGGAGAUGGGUCUGAACAAAAGCCAUCUGCAGUGGUACUUCAAUUGGCUGUUGAAAAGGAGCUGAGUACAACAGUUCCAGUUCCACGCAGUGUAUUUGAGGUGGAAUAUGUGCCUCUUUGGGGAUUUACCUCUAUUUGUGGAAGGAGACCUGAGAUGGAAGAUGCAGUUGCUGCUGUCCCUCGGUUUUUAAAGGUUCCCAUUCAGAUGCUAAUUGGUGAUCGGGUACUUGAUGGCACGAGCAGGGGCUUCGCUCAUCAGACUGCUCACUUCUUUGGGGUCUAUGAUGGUCAUGGAGGCUCCCAGGUUGCAAACUACUGUCGUGAGCGUAUUCACUCUGCAUUGGCUGAGGAAAUAGAGUUUGUUAAGGAAUGCUGGACUAAUGAAAGCAUAACAGACAGUUGCCAAGAGCUGUGGAAAAAGGCAUUCACAAAUUGUUUUGUUAAAGUUGAUGCUGAGGUUGGAGGACAAGCUAGUCAAGAACCAGUUGCCCCAGAAACAGUUGGUUCUACUGCCGUUGUUGCCCUUAUUUGUUCUUCUCACAUUGUUGUAGCAAACUGUGGAGAUUCAAGAGCUGUUCUAUGUCGUGGGAAAGAGCCCAUGGCUUUGUCGGUGGAUCAUAAACCCAAUCGAGAAGAUGAAUAUGAAAGGAUUGAAGCAGCUGGAGGCAAGGUUAUUCAAUGGAAUGGGCAUCGAGUUUUUGGCGUUCUUGCAAUGUCAAGGUCCAUUGGUGAUAGAUAUUUGAAGCCAUGGAUCAUUCCAGAGCCAGAAGUGAUGUUUGUUCCAAGAGCAAAAGAAGAUGAAUGCCUCAUUUUAGCCAGUGAUGGUCUAUGGGAUGUUAUGACAAAUGAAGAAGCAUGUGACCUGGCUAGGAGACGAAUACUUCAGUGGCACAAAAAGAACGGUGCUACACUGACUUCAGAAAGGGGUGAUACAAUUGAUCCUGCUGCUCAAGCUGCAGCAGAAUACCUCUCAAACCGCGCUCUGCAAAAAGGAAGCAAGGAUAACAUCACUGUAACUGUGGUGGAUCUGAAAGCUCAAAGGAAGUUCAAGAGUAAGACAUGAUGGUCACUGUUAACCACCAUUCAGUCUCCAAUCUUGCCAUAUGACAUAAUUUCAUAUGGUUCAAUAUAGUUUUUCCCAUUUGAUUUUUCAGGGGGGCUCUAUGGCUUUAUGACAGUAUCAGUUUGUAUGUACUAUAGAACAUUCACCAUUCUAGUACCUCUCCAUUGUUUCAAGAGUCUUGAUGUAAACCAUGCCAAGUUAUUGGCUAUUGUAAAUCUUAGCUGUGCCUUAGGAAAUAGGAGAUUAUAUCAGUUCCAUGCUUUUGACAUUGUGGGCAAAAUUGUAUUCAUUAUGCCUCCGAGUUAAAAUCACUCUGUGAGGUAUUUGUUUUGUAUUAUUUCAACCGCAUGGUGCUUAUAAAAGUGGGCAAAUUUGGAAGGUA